UAUAUAUAUUUAAUGGCUAAAGAUCAGCAUGGCUGUAGGUUCUUGCAAAAAAUGUUUGAUGAGGGUACACGGGAUGAUGUUCAAGUGAUAUUUAACGAGAUCAUUGAUCAUGUAGUGGAACUUAUGGUGAAUCCUUUUGGAAAUUACCUUAUGCAGAAGUUAUUAGAUGUAUGCAAUGAAGAACAGAGGAUGCAAAUCCUUCUAAUCCUUACUGAAGAACCUGGUCAGCUUGUCAGAAUCUCUUUAAACACUCAUGGCACUCGUGUGGUACAGAAGCUUAUCGAGUCUCUCAAAACUAGGCAGCAAAUUUCAUUAGCUGUUUCAGCAAUUGAACCAGGAUUUUUGGCUCUCAUUAAAGAUCUAAAUGGAAACCAUGUGGUUCAGCGCUGUUUGCUGUGUUUGAGCAAUGAAGAUAACAAGUUUAUAUUUGUUGCUGCUGCAAAGUAUUGUGUUGACAUUGCAACUCAACAACAUGGAUGUUGUGUUCUGCAAAGAUGCAUUGGCCAUUCCAGCGGGGAGUACCGAGAAAAACUGAUUGAAGAAAUAUGCGCUAAUGCACUUCUGCUAGCUCAAGAUCAAUACGGAAAUUAUGUUGUUCAGUUUAUCUUGGACUUAAAGAUUCCAUCUGCCACCGCAUUUAUAAGGUCGCAAUUUGAAGGUAACUAUGUGCACCUGUCAAGGCAGAAGUUUGGUAGUCACGUAGUUGAAAAAUGUCUGGCUGUAUUCAAUGAUGAAAAUCGAUCAAGAGUCAUUCUGGAGCUGCUGUCCACUCCUCACUUCGAACACUUGCUUCAAGAUCCACAUGCAAACUAUGUUGUUCAAUCAGCUCUUCGAAAUUCUGAGGGCCGUCUGCACAAUGUACUAGUUGAAGCAAUUGAAUCCCACAAAGCCAUUUCUCGAAACAGCCCGUAUUCCAAGAAGAUUUUCUCGCAGAAGUUUCUGAAGAAAUGAUGUACAUUCUCCCCUUGUGCAAGAAGGGUUCAUGUUGUUUAGGUCUGCCACAAAAGUUUAUGUAUGUUUUGGAUGGUUAUUUAACUGUAAGUUGAAAUGCUGAUAACCAUACAAAGGAGUUAAGGUCUGUUUAUAAGUGCUUGUCCAUCUGCUCAGCUAAUUAUGGAAAAAUGGGAAGAGAAAAACAAAAGAGCAGAAAUUUUGCUCACGUUUUAGAUCUUUUGCAUGUACUAUUUUCUUGUAUUUCAACUUAUUGGGUAAUAUUAUCAUGUUAAUUAUGCUACUCUCACUCUGGGAAUGA